GUAGUUCCUGUGAUGCAGGUGUCGUACAUCCUGAUCAUUUGACAACAUUCACAGUCGUUUCUUACUGAAAACAAACAUGUAAUAGAUGUUUCUAUUCACACAGCGAGGCUUGUGUCUAUUAUCCGCAGCAAAGUCAUUUUGUGGCCGGCUGGAGACUUGUUGUUGGACACAUCAGGAUCAAGAAGAGGAACAAGAAAAGGCUCAUUUCGCUGAUGGACUUGUUAUCUUGCGUUUUCGUUGUGACAUCGCAUCGCUGUUUUUUCUUCGUUAUUUGAAAUCAUUGUGGACAUGUAGCUAAUGUCGAGCUUUCUGCAAAAUACCUACGACCUUUUCCGCCGUUUGAUCGAUUGUGUUUAGUGCUAAGAGAGAGGGAGCUGAGGUCGACCACCCUGCAGGCCUUAUUGUGUGUUUGUUUUCUACUCACAAAACAUUAGCAGGGCUUUUGCUUUUUUUUUUUUUUUUUUUUUUUUUUGGCUUUUUGCUGUCAAAUCAGUGCAAAAAAAAAAAAAAACAACAUUACGACAAGAGGCACUCACGCAACGUCACAAUGAGUUUCUUCAGUUUUGGACAAAGUGCAGAAAUCGAUGUAGUCCUGAAUGACGCUGAAACGAGGAAGAAAGCUGAACACAAGACAGAGGAUGGAAAGAAAGACAAAUACUUUCUUUUCUAUGAUGGAGAGACAGUCAGUGGGAAAGUGAAUGUGACAGUGAAGAACCCCGGGAAGAGGCUGGAGCACCAGGGCAUCAAAAUUGAAUUUGUGGGCCAAAUAGAGCUUUAUUACGACAGAGGAAACCAUCAUGAGUUUGUGUCCCUGGUGAAGGAUCUCGCAAGACCAGGUGAAAUGACUCAGUCGCAGACCUUCGACUUUGAGUUCACUCAUGUUGAAAAACCCUACGAGUCGUACACGGGCCAGAAUGUCAAGCUAAGAUAUUUCCUCCGUGCCACAGUGAUCAGAAGGCUGAACGACAUCAGUAAAGAGAUGGACAUUGUAGUCCACACACUGAGCACUUACCCUGAGCUCAACUCCUCCAUUAAAAUGGAAGUUGGGAUUGAAGAUUGUCUCCACAUUGAGUUUGAGUACAACAAAUCCAAGUACCACCUGAAAGAUGUAAUUGUGGGGAAAAUCUACUUCCUGCUGGUGAGGAUUAAGAUUAAGCACAUGGAGAUUGACAUCAUCAAACGGGAGACAACAGGCACCGGCCCGAGUGUGUACCAUGAAAACGACACCAUCGCAAAGUACGAGAUCAUGGAUGGAGCUCCGGUCAGAGGAGAGUCUAUCCCCAUCCGGUUAUUCCUGGCUGGUUAUGAUCUGACUCCCACCAUGAGAGACAUCAACAAAAAGUUCUCCGUGCGCUACUACCUGAACCUGGUGCUGAUCGACGAGGAGGAGAGACGCUACUUCAAACAGCAGGAAAUCACACUGUGGAGGAAAGGAGACGUGGUGAGGAAGAGCAUGUCCCAUCAGGCCGCCAUCGCCUCUCAGAGGUUCGAGGGCUCGGCCGCUUCGGAGAGCGCCCUGGAGCAGGCGGCGAAGGAGGAGAGCGGGUAGAAAACAGCGCACCCUGCAGUCUCUCCUCCCACCGGACUCAUCACCAGCGUCUGUGGUGGAGGAACCUGUCGCGUGUACAACAUCUGGUGCGGCAGCUGCUUUCUAUUUGCAGCCGCUGCUUGUAAAGGGAGGAAGAAGGGAGCUGACAUAGAGCACCGCAGUUUGAGAACAAUGAAAACAGUUUGCAUGAGGCGUUCAGCGUGGCUUCAGGCUGCUGGUCCUGCCCUUCCUCAUUAACGCUUUGUUUUUUUCUCUAAUCACCUAACGCCAUGUCCACUGUGUAAAAUCUCUUCUGUGAUAUUCUUACAUUUUUAAGCUCUCUCUUCGUUAAAAGUCCAAUUAAUGCUAUCUCGGGAUCAUUUCUAACCUUCUAUUUAACGCAACUUAAAAAGUCAUUCAACAUUUUGUAUCUCCAACAUUCCACCUUAACAGAAGUCAUUCCUAACACUGUUAUAAGGUCAAGAAGACAUCUGAGAUAACUUUGCACUGUUAAUGCUGAACACAUUUCUCUUUGGCUGUUUGCACAACAAAAAAAAUGAUUGAAACUGGAAUUUUUCUUUCCGUCAUUUAAAGCAAGAGCAGUGAAGUAUUAAUCCCACUUUUGUUUUAUCUGUAAAUAUGACCAGCUCAAACCUUUAAUCCUGCUCCCCGGUCCAGCUUGUGUAACUUGAUUAUUCUGCACACGGUGCCACAACAAUGUCCUUCAUGUUCAUCUGCUUGACCUCAGCAUUCCAGUGGUGUUAGGGAAAAGGUCCGAUAGUGUGAAGUCUUCUGUAUCCUCUUUAUUAGGGACUCCAGAGUUGUGCCUAAGUGUAUCAAGCAAAUGAAAUCCUCCUGCCUCUAACAUAAUUUUAGUCUUUUAACCAGAGAAAAAGUGACAGUAGAACUAUCUAUCUUUUGCAAAAUGCUAAUCGAUUCUUCCUUGUCCUUGUAAGUCAAAUAAAAUGAUGCCAAAUGGAAAAUAAAAAGGUUCAGACUUG